GGCGCGGCUCUAACCCCGCGGGCCCGGCCGGGCCGCACCGCCCGCGGGGCUCGCUCGGGAGCCGCGUUCCUCCUCCUCCUUCUCCUCCUCCUCCUCCCUGCGGCCGCAGCAGGCUCCGGCUGAGCGGCGGCUUCGAGCGAGAGCCGGGGCUGGGCUGGGCUUUGCCGGCGCUCCCCCGGCGCGCACGGCCCAGCGUUUGCGGUCUCCGAGAAGCUACGAGCGGCUGAUGCUCGGAGGAGAUGCCUACGUAACACACGUUGCCAGCAAUUGUACUAAAUACUUUGCUGCUGAACCAGUUACUCAGGUACCCAGCCUGUCUCUGUUGCUAUGGGAGAUUGGAAGACUGUAACAGUGCCAUUGCUGUCAUCAGAUAGCAAAAAUAUAUUUCCAUAUACCUCAGAAAGAAAGAGAUCUCCUGCAAGCAUGAACUCACAAGUGCUACGUUUGUCACUGCCUUCACCCAAAAACAUGUACAGCUUUUUCGGUGCCUUCUGCACAGAAGAGAAUCUUGAACAGAGUAUAUCCUAUAUUGAUAGGGAAUUAACAACAAUGGGCUUUCCUUCUAUUUAUGCGGAGCCCAAAGGAAAAGAAUUAAAUUUAGUAUGUAUCAUAAAUUGUAUGAAUGAGUUGCUUGUACUGCAGCACAAGAACCUUCGAGCUCAGGAAGAAGUAGAAAUACAGCAUCUGAAGCUGGGAAGUGAUAUGGAUCACUUACAGAACUGCUAUGCUAAAUUAAAGGAACAGUUGGAAUUAUCUAAAAGGGAAAUAGUUGGGCUUCAGGAAAGAGACAGACAACUGCAAAGCAAGAACAGAAAUUUGCACCAGUUACUUAAAAAUGAAAAGGAUGAAGUUCAGAAGCUACAGAACAUAAUUUCAAGUAGAGCUACACAAUACAAUCAUGAUAUGAAGAGGAAAGAGAGAGAAUAUAACAAAUUAAGGGAACGCUUACAUCAGUUAGUCAUGAAUAAAAAAGACAAAAAGUUAGCUAUGGAAGUUCUAAAUUAUGUUGGUAGAGCUGAUGGGAAGAGAGGUGCAUGGAGGACUGAUAAGACAGAAGCCAGAAACGAAGAAGAAAUGUACAAAGUUCUGUUAAGUGAUUAUGAACAACGCCAAAAGCAGCUUUUACUGGAAAAUGCUGAGCUAAAAAAAGUUCUUCAGCAAAUGAAGAAAGAUAUUAUUUCACUUCUUCCACCACAGAAACAAAAACCUAAAGAAAGAUCUGAAGAUGGACUGGUGCUGUCAGACCAGGAGGAAGAUAUUGGGGAAUUAAAUAAAGAGAAUAUGUGGGAAUUAUCUUGUGAAACUGUGCGAGAACAGCUUACCAACAGCAUUAGAAAACAGUGGCGAAUGUUGAAGAACCACGUUGAAAAGCUGGAUAACCAAGUGUCACGUGGACAUUCAGGAGCUUGGAAUGAAAAAGAUGUCAUUUCAAGGGAAGACCAUGAGCUAGAAACUGGAAAACUAGAGUUAGAGAUUCAACAAUGUAAAGAAAUGAUCAAAACUCAGCAACAGCUCUUACAGCAACAGCUUACAUGUGAUGAUGACACCACUCUGUUACUACAAGACUGCUAUUUGUUGGAAGAAAGAGAGCGUCUUCAGGAAGAAUGGCGACUGUUUCGAGAACAAAAAAAGAAUUUUGAGAAGGAACGAAAAAGUUUUACAGAAGCUGCUAUUAGAUUAGGACUUGAGAGAAAGGCAUUUGAAGAAGAUAGAGGAGCAUGGCUGAAGCACCAGUUCUUAAGUAUGACUGCUGAUUGCAAGCCUGAAAAUACGACUACAAGUGCCUUCUUAAGAAGUUCUGACCCAGACGUUCGUUCAGUUCGGCAAAGGAGACUUCCCUCUGUGUUGAGUCCUGCUGUUUCACCAGAACCUUUUCAGAUAUCUCAGUACAUUGCACAAAACAGUGUUGCAUCAGAAAAACCUGCUGCAGAUAACAUGCCAAAUCUGUGGGUGGAAAGUGAUGACAAAGAAGAAACUGAAGAAUGCACAAAGUCAUGGGAAGACUCUGGAGUUGGCCCUCUAUUUAGAAACUUGCACAUGGAACAGCUGCCUUAGACUUCUAGGGUUGCCUGCUGGGAUUUUUGUUAGAGACUUGUUCAUAAACUUGUCAUUCUAAAUGAAACAGGAUGCUGUGAGUUUGAUCAUUCUUCUGGAGGAUUAUGUGGUGGUCUGAAUUGUGGUGUGUUUCUAUGUGUGUGCACAUGGCUUUUAUUUUUUAGACCAUUUUUUGCCUCUUUCUUGCAACUCUUGAGAGAAAAUUUAAAAAUAUAUAAAAGCUUUGAUAUUUUUCUAGUAACAGAAGCUCUAAUUCUGUGAAUAAAGCAAUGGUCUGAAACUUUGACUGUAAUGAAAUACUGGAUCCCAAUGUCACCUUUCAUCACAGGCAGAGAUAGCACUUUUAGAAAUUGUUUAAUUAUUGGAAUUAUUCAUUUAUGUCUCAAGUGUAACUGAUAUUAAAUCCUCUUUUGCCUCGACUUGAAUGUACAGUAUACUGUAGAUUUUUAACAAAACAGGUUCUAUAUUUAUUGUGUGAUUUGAAAAUACCUCUUUGAUAUCUCAAUGAUUUAAAGUGCAAAAUCUUUAUAUAUUUGUAAAUAGAACAAGUGGUAAUACUGAGAAACCAUGAAAUGAAACACAUGCAUACAUAAAUGUUAUUUUACAUGGCAUUUUAAAUUGUUUUAUAGUGAUACUCAGUUUACAGAUCCAUUAGGACUUUCAGUGGUUCAGUGAGGAACCAAAGUAUUUCGAAUGUGAACAAUAAACGUGUAAUUCUAUUCUAAAAAACCCUGGUUCUAUGAUUUAUGUGCAGUAAACUUUUAAGCUACCAUGGUUAUAGGGCUGUAUACUAUGUCUACAGAUCUGGUGCUGAUUUUGUAUUUUGUUAGUUUUUUUUGUUUGAAUUGACUUCAGAAUUUUAUUUUUUUGUAGCCUUGGGGAAGUCUCUUUUGUUUAAAAUGUAAUAAAAAUAGCCAAGUUAGUGAUAAGAUGUUUCAAGGUCUCCUUCACCUUACUCAGUGCAUGUAAUUUUUCUUGCCCAGUAUAAAUCCAUCUUCUCUUGUUGGGUUUUUUGUGCAUCUGUGAUCACUUGUAUAGCUCUGGCUAUUGUGUAAUUGGCCUUUUGGAAGAUGUCUGAGCUUAAACUGCCUUUCUUGGGCUCAGAGAUGAGAAAUUAACUGAAGUUUAGAAUCCCUCACUGAAAAUGCAUUGCUACUCUGCCCAUUUUCUUCAGAAUUCGAUAGAGUGAAGUGAUUUGAUUAUCUGGAAAAUUAGCAGUAGGAUAAUACAGGGAGGAGAAGAAACAGCAGUUCUCAAAGAAACAAAGGUAAAAAGCUGCAGUUUCUGCUGGUGAGCUCGGUCCAUUGACUUCCAUCUUGAGAUGAAAUAGGCAAUAUAAACUGCAAAGGAUACUUGUGUGGUUUUCAUAUAGCACCUGUAAGGGAGCAGAAGUGGAUAUAAUGAUAAUGCCAAUACUAAUGUCUUGGUGGGCUUUUUGCUGUAUGGGUAGUCAGGCUGGAAAGACAAUAUCUUAUUUCUGUUUCUCCUGUUCUUCCCCAAUAAAUGAGUGUUCAGAGUCAUGUUGUUCAGCAGUGUACAGUUCAUGUUGGUUUCACUUUCCCAACUGUUGGGCAGCUCUUGCCUGAAUUUUACUAGUGGAAGAAUAAAUAACAUUCAAAAAACUGAGGUAAGUAAAGUGAAAAUUUAAUAUUUUA